AUGGGUAUUCCAGCAUUCUUUAGAUGGUUAAUUGACAAAUAUGGAGGGUUAAUUCAAGAAACAACAGAGCCAAGAGAGGGAGAUGGGUCAAGAAGUAAAGUAGAUUUCACAGAAAUGAAUCCAAAUGGAGAAUAUGAUAAUUUAUAUUUAGAUAUGAAUGGUAUCAUUCAUCCAUGCGCACAUCCAGAGAAAGGACCCAAACCGCAAUCUGUGGACGAUAUGAUUCAAUCGAUUUACGAAUAUUUAGAUUUACUUUUCGCAAUUAUUCGUCCAAGAAAAUUAAUCUAUAUGGCAGUUGAUGGUGUUGCACCAAGAGCAAAGAUGAAUCAACAACGUACUCGUCGUUUUAGAGCUGCUUUAGAUUCACGUUUAGAAAAA